UAUAUUUAUCAAUUCCCAUGCAGUCCUUUCUAAGACUAUUGAUGACUUUAGGUAUGUAAUUUUAGUGAGUUGAAAUUAUAAGAUUUAUUAGUCUGUUGGGCAUAGUAGAAAGCUCACUUCAAACACAAAACACAAUGCCACGCGCCACCAGUAUGACACCCGCCCACGUCCUCCUACUGACUUUUCCGGCACAAGGCCACAUUAACCCGGCUCUCCAAUUCGCCAAAUGCCUCAUUCGGAUGGGCGUCCAAGUAACCUUCGCUACCAGCGUGUUCGCGCAACGCCGUAUCUCGAAAACUGCCGGAAGAACACCCGAGGGCUUGAACUUCGCCGCCUUCUCCGACGGCUACGACGACGGAUUCAGCCUCGGAAUUGACAUCAACCACUUCUUGGCGGAGCUCAAAAACAACAGCUCCCAAAAGCUACGAGAGACCAUCGCCGUUAGCUCUGCCGAGGGCCGCCCAGUCAAGUGCUUGGUCUACACGCUCCUACUCCCUUGGGCGGCCGAGGUCGCGCGUGAGUUUCAAAUCCCACGUGCACUUCUUUGGAUUCAACCCGCCACAGUGUUGGGUAUCUACUACAACUAUUUCAACGGGUAUGAAGAGGUAAUUACGAACAACUGUAAUGACCCCUCAUGGUCCAUUAAAUUACCGGGACUGCCACUACUCACUAGCCCUGACCUACCUUCAUUUGUACUUCCUUCAGGCUCCAAAAAUUAUGCUUUUGCCCUCCCAACCUUCAAAGAGCAGCUAGAAAACCUCGAUUUAGAAACUAACCCUAAAGUACUUGUAAACACAUUUGAUGCAUUAGAACCGGAGGCCUUAAAAUCCAUUGAAAAGUACAAUUUGGUCGGAAUCGGACCAUUAAUCCCCUCAGCUUUCUUGGACGGAAAAGAUCCGUUAGACACUUCUUUUGGUGGUGACCUAUUUCAAAAAUCUAAGCACUACAUUGAAUGGUUGAGCUCAAAGGAUGAAUCAUCGGUGGUUUACAUUUCCUUUGGAAGCAUAUUAGAUUUACCAAAGAAGCAAAUGGAUGAAAUUGCCCUUGGUUUGUUGGACAGUCGCCGGCCUUUCUUGUGGGUGAUAAAGGAAAAGGAAAAUGAGAGAGAAGAAGAUAAGAUAAGUUUCAUGGAAGAGUUAGAGGGGCAAGGGAUGAUAGUGCCUUGGUGUUCUCAAUUGGAGAUUUUAUCACACCCUUCUUUAGGGUGUUUUGUGACCCAUUGUGGGUGGAAUUCGACGCUGGAGAGCUUGGCUUCUGGGGUUUCAGUGGUGGCGUUCCCUCAAUGGACAGACCAAGGGACGAACGCAAAGCUCAUCAUGGACGUGUGGAAGACAGGGGUGAGAGUGAGGGCAAACGCAGAAGGAAUAGUUGAGGGUGGUGAGCUUAAGAGGUGCAUUGAGAUGGCCAUGGGAGGUGGGGAGAGAGGAGAUGAAAUGACGAGGAAUGCUAAGAAAUGGAGGGAGUUGGCUGUGGAAGCUGUGAAGGAAGGUGGCUCUUCGAAUAUAAAUCUUAUGGAUUUUGUGGAUGAGGUUGGAGGAGGCUGCCAAUAGAGUGUAUCCCUAUGCUGCUUCUUUUUAUUUAAAUUUUUAUUUUUUCUUAUUUGUCAUUUUUGGUUGAGUAAUACAGUAUUUUGAGGAUAUGUGUUGUGCUUGGUAGUACAUGAUAUGUAAUUUAUCUUUUUGGUUGAAGAUAAAUAAAGAUUAAAAAUUUCUUUUUUA